AUGUCCUCACGCAGUUCGCGCAAUGCUGGAAUCAGUACAGAGUCCAUCGCAUCUCUUACUGCCGAAUUCACAACCGAAUUCAAAAUGCUUUGCUGCUCUUUAAAUGCUAAUUCAAUACGGCUAGCAAUAGCAUCGUCGAGGUCUUCUCUGGAGAUGGUGGAAUCUCUGAAUUUUUUCUUCAAUGGCGAUUGCUCAAUCUCUCUUUUCCGAUCCCCUUUGUCUGCCUUAGCACUCAUGAUGGGUCCAAUGCAGAUUGGUUCAAAUUUUACUGAUAGGAUCAUAUAAUAUGUGGCAAAGUGAGCAGAGCGAAAGACUAAGCUUGCAUCGCCGUCGAAGGGUCACGUGAUCCCCAGAGAAAUGUGUUUCUGAUAUAAACUCUACACACCCUCAUUAAAGUGUCUGCUUUGAGAUGUUUGAAUGAUGACGCAGAGAUAACUUUCAAACUUUUAAUUAGGAAAACAUAAAAUAAAAGACUUACAGUAACAUGUUUGCAUAAGUGUGCAGAAUUGACCUUUUUCCAAUAUUGAAUAUAGUUCAGUUUGUCUUUCUUUCUCUCUCACUCAGACUCUUUCCAGUUAUGAUUCUGUGUGAUAUCUCAAGAAUUAUGAUUGCUUUAUUUAUCUAUCGACUGAUCAGUAUAAUAUACAAAUAAGAGUCUCUGGCAACUUUCUUCACUUUAAAAGAAUAAAAUGUUCUGGAAUAAAUGCAGUGAAAUUUUGUUGAGCAUGAUUUGUAUUAAUUAAUUGUUGUUUGGUGAAACUCAUUGUGGAGGAAGAGCAGCUGCCACACAUUUGAGAAAUAUAAUGUGCUGCAUGUGUGAGAUUUUCAGCAGCGCUUCAACAAUGAAACAUCAGCUCUGAAAAUACUCCUCAUCAGAUGUCAUGAUCAGUUAGUUGAUGUGUGUCAGUGACGUCACGUUACACACAUCAAGCUCUGAACAGAUUGAUGCUUUUCUCCUGCUGCUGAAGUCAAAUAUGUUCAGUAAGACACAAGAGCAUCAGUGAGCUCAGAUACUGACGAUGCUCAUGAGGAUCACUCUUCAGAUCUUCUUCACUACAGUCAGUAAACCAGCACUUUAUGAUUCAGAAGAAAAGGAUCCUGCUGCAGCUCCACAUUCUCUUCAAUCUCAUCGUGUGUGUAGCGUUAAGAUUUACUGCAAUAAUCAUCACAAUCUUAUGUGUCAUUUGUGCUCUUAUGUCUCCAUAUGCAGGUGUGAAGUCAGUUUGUCAUCAUGGAGAACAGAGAGAGAUCUUCAUCUCCUGAUCACAGCUGUGUGUCUCUGAAGAGUGACGCAUCCAUGGGUCGUCCUCCUGACCUCGGUGAUGAUCCAGUGACCUCUGACCCCAAGAUCUUCAGGACAAGGAAGAGAUCUUCAUCUCCUGAUCACAGCUGUGUGUCUCUGAAGAGUGACGGAUCCAUCAGUCAUCUUCCUCUUGACCUCAGUGAUGAAGCAGUGACCUCUGACCCCAGCAGAGCAGAUGGAGAGCGAAGCAUCUCUGGAGGAGCCUCUGUCGUCUGUCUGAACAACACGAGCGUUACAGCGUCUCUGAAUAAACAUGAUCAACCAGUGAAUGAUGAACUACAGAGAGUCAAAGACCAGCUCAAAACCAGCAUGAAGAACAAGUAUGAGGGAUUAUUUGAGGGACUGAAACUCCAAGAGAAUGAAAGCCUCCUGAAAAGGAUCUGCACACAGCUCUACAUCAUAGAGGGAGAGAGUGAAGAAGUGAAUGAAGAACAUGAGGUUUUACAGAUAGAGAAAACAGCCAGAACACAACACUCACAAGACACUCCAAUCUACUGCAAUAACAUCUUUAAAGCCUCAGCUGAACCAGGAUGUGAGGAGAAAGACCAGAUCAAGACUGUUCUUACUAAAGGCAUCGCUGGAAUCGGAAAAACCGUCUCUGUGCAGAAGUUCAUUCUGGACUGGGCCGAGGGAAAAGCCCAUCAGGAUGUAGAUUUCAUGUUUGUGCUUCCAUUUCGAGAGCUGAACUUAAUCCGAGAUCAUCAGUACAGUCUUCACAGACUUCUGCUGGACUUUCAUCCUGAACUUCAAGAUCUGGACUUAAAGAUUUAUGAGGAGUGUAAAGUUGUGUUCAUCUUUGAUGGUCUGGAUGAAAGCAGAAUCACACUGAUGUUUUCAGACGCUCAGAAAGUUUGUGAUGUGACUGAGACUUCAUCAGUGGGUGUGUUGAUGUCAAAGCUCAUGAAAGGAGAGCUGCUUCCCUCUGCUCUCAUCUGGAUCACCUCCAGACCAGCAGCAGCCAAUCAGAUUCCCUCCGAAUACAUCAACCGUCUGACAGAAAUUCAGGGAUUCAAUGAGCCUCAGAAGGAGGAAUAUUUCAGGAAGAGAAUCCGUGACCAGCAUCAAGCCAGCAGAAUCAUCUCACACAUCAGAAGAGCAAGAAGCCUCCACAUCAUGUGCCACAUCCCCGUCUUCUGCUGGAUCUCAUCUACUGUGCUUCAAAAGCUCCUGGAAGGAGAUCUGAGUGCAGAAAUCCCUCAAACUCUGACUGAAAUGUACAUCCACUUCCUGCUGAUUCAGAUCAACACGAGGAACCAGAAGUAUGAAGAGAGAGAUUCAGAGAAACUCCUGCAGUCCAACAGAGAAGUGAUUGUGAAACUUGCUGAAGUGGCUUUCAAACAGCUGAUGAAGGGCAAUGUGAUGUUCUAUGAGGAGGACCUGAUUGAGAGCGGCAUAGACGUCACUGAUGCCUCAGUGUAUUCUGGGAUUUGCACUGAGAUCUUUAAGGAGGAAUCUGUGAUUCAUCAGAGGAAAGUCUACAGCUUCAUUCAUUUGAGCAUUCAGGAGUUUCUCGCUGCUUUCUAUGUGUUUUAUUGUUAUUUAACAAAAAGCAUGGAGCCACUGCAUUUUGUGAUUACAAAAUAUAUACUUGACCAUGAAUAUUACCCUGAAAGUGACUCUGACAGUGAAUAUGGAUAUAAUAUAUCUUAUGAAGUCUCUCUGUAUGAUCUACUAAGGUCAGCAGUAAUUAAAGCACUCCAGAGUGAGAAUGGACAGCUGGAUCUGUUCCUGAGGUUCCUGCUGGGCGUCUCACUGGAGUCCAAUCAGAGACUCUUACAGGAUUUACUGACACACACAGAGAACAGCUCAAAGAGCAUCAGGAGAACCACGCAGUACAUUAAAGAGAUGAUCAAAGAUGAUCGUCAUCGUCUCUCAGCAGGUCAAUCCAUCAAUCUGUUCCUCUGUCUGCUGGAAGUGAAAGAUCAGACUCUAUCCAGAGAGAUUCAGGAUUUUGUGAAAUCAGACAAACAUUCAGAUGAGAAACUCUCUCCUGCUCACUGCUCAACAAUCGCCUACAUGCUUCAGAUGUCAGAGGAGCCGCUGGAUGAGCUGAACAGCAUGAAAUACAACACAUCAGAUGAGGGGAGAAGAAGACUGAUACCAGCUGUGAUCAACUGCAGAAAAGCUCUGUGA